AAUAAGCGCGGAAAGUAUGUCAGAGACGUGUCUCGACGAAACUGAUCCCUUACAUGUAUGCAGACAGUGCUGACCUAAAAACAUCACAACACCUCAUUCUCAUAAAUAUCAUCAACUGCAUCUCCAUCCUCUAUUACAAAUUUAAUACUCCUCUGUAACCCUUUGGCAACUAAACCACUGUAGUUAUUCCAAAGCUUAUUUUCAAGUGCAAUGGCUUCAGCAGCAAUGCUAUUCUUAACAAUGAUGGUGAUAUGUUACUACUCCGCGAAUGCACAGGCACCUGCUGGAAUGCCUGUGCAGUCGCCUAUGGCAGUGACUGGCGUGGCACCGGCAGCAGGACCUGUUGGAGAAACAGAUUGCACAACAGCAUUGUUUGGGAUGUCGGAUUGUUUAGGAUACGUGCAGCAAGGAAGCAAUGCAACCAAGCCUGAUCCGGCUUGCUGUCCAGAGCUUUCCGGGCUGUUGAAAAACCAACCAACAUGUUUGUGCUUGUUGCUUGGUGAUACUUCUUCCACUUUCGGCAUUCAAAUUGAUCUCAGCAGGGCAAUUGAUCUGCCAAAGACCUGUGGUCUUCAACUUCCUGAUCUUUCCGCGUGCCCAGCUGCUCCAAGUCCAAGUGCAGGAGAAGCUCCAGCAUCAAGUGGAGUACCUGCAUAUUCUCCAGGUGGCGUGACACUUGGCCCAGGUGUUGCAGCCAGUCCCGAAUCUGCCAACAAUGGGAAUGGAGCUCCGACUAUCGGCCCCUUUGGCCUUGCCUCAUUUCUUGCUGUUGCAGUUUCUUUGUCACUUUGAUUUUCUUACCAGUUCAUUUUUGUUCCACAAUCAAAUCUGCAAAAUUUGUAAGCUUAACAUGUUCUUGAAGCGACCCUAUUACAUUGUUUAUUUAUUUCAUAUUAUAUACAAUUUACACGUUAUAUUGUCGUCUCGAGUUGUAAACUACAGAUUCUUACCGUUUAAUAAACGUAGUUCAACUUAGAAUACAACUGCAUUCUGUUUCCUCUUA